AUGACUAAGUGUAACCUGGUGCGGCGCCUCAUAGCCACCACUAGAGCCAAAAAGGAGCAGGAUGGCGGAGAUGAGAAGCAGACGCACAAGAAGAAAGUGAAGGAGCUGAAGACUCUUGACAGCAAGUGCUCACAGAACCUUUCCAUUUUCCUGGGGUCGUUCCGUCUUCCUUAUAUGGAAAUGAAACACGCCAUCUUGGAGGUUAAUGAGAAGGUCAUCACGGAGUCCAUGGUUCAGAACCUGAUCAAACUGCUGCCAUCAGCCGAGCAGCUGAAUAUCCUGGGGGAAAUGAAGGAUGAAUACGACGACCUGGCGGAGUCCGAGCAGUUUGGAGUAGUGAUGUCCGGCAUAAAGCGGCUGAUGCCACGGCUUCAGGCCAUCCUGUUCAGGCUGCAGUUUGAGGAGCAGCUGAACAACAUCAAGCCAGAUGUGGUGUCUGUGACAGCGGCCUGUGAGGAGCUCAGGAAGAGCCAGUCCUUCACCAAGCUGCUAGAGCUCAUCCUCCUCGUAGGAAACUACAUGAAUUCUGGCUCCCGCAAUGGGAAUGCAUUUGGCUUCUCCAUGUCAUACCUGUGCAAGCUUCGUGACACCAAAACAGCUGAUCUGAAGCAGACACUGCUCCAUUUCCUGGUUGACGUGUGCCAGGAGCAGUACCCUGAGAUCAUGGGCUUUGCAGACGAGCUCAUCCAUGUGGAAAAGGCCAGCAGAGUUUCGGCAGAGGCACUUCAGAAGAGCCUUGAGCUAAUGGGCCGUCAGAUCAAGACACUGGAGAAAGAUCUGGAAACCUUCCCUCCUCCUCAAAAUGACAAGGACCUGUUUGUGGAGAAGAUGACAAGCUUUGUGAGUUCUGCCCAUGAGCAGUAUGAGAAGCUGGAUCUGCUGAACAAGAAUAUGGAGAAGCAAUACAGCGACCUGGGAGAGUACUUAGUCUUUGACCCGAGAAAAAUCUCAGUGGAGGAAUUCUUUGGAGACCUCAACACCUUCAAAAACAUGUUCCAGCAAGCCGUAAAGGAGAAUCAGAAGAGAAAGGAGGCUGAAGAGAAGAUCAAGAGGGCCAAACUGGCAAGGGAAAAGGCAGAAAAAGAGAAGGAGGAGAAACUCAAGAAGAACCAGCAUCUCGACAUCAACACAGAGGGGGAUGAAACUGGUAUCAUGGAUGGCCUAAUGGAGGCGCUGCAGUCGGGCGCCGCCUUCAGGAGAAAGAGAGGACCACGGCAAGCAGCCAACCACCGACGAGCUGGUCAUGCAGUGACCAACAUCCUGGCCAAAGAGCUGAUGCAGGAAGACACGCCUCCAUCCAGCAAAGUGACCACAAAAAAGAAAACGGAGACAAAGGAGAAAGAAGAGCCCAAACUAGAAGGAACAGAGUCAUUAGAGGACUUACUGGAGGCAACUCUCUCUCGGUCCAAUUAGGCACCCAUGACAGAAAGAUUUUUAACUCAGUAGUCUUAUCCAAAUGCAGAUGUAUUUCAUAGCCAUUCCAGGGGCCAAUAUAAAUCUGAGAAAAAAAGCUUGUGUAAGCAGGCCCCUCUAGCAUUGACUGUGUCUUCUGGGAGGACAGGGAGUGGCAGAGGAUGAGUGCGGGGCUCUCACCUCAGCCACAACCCCUGGAUGUCCCUCCUCAACCUUUGGAUCCUUGUUAUCAACAUAUAAUUGCUUUCUUCAGCAUGUGCACAUAUCUGUUCACGUAUUUGUGUCUGUUUCACUUGAUUCACCUGCUAUCCAUCAAAGGGCAUCUUAGGCCAUUCCAAAGACUUACUCAUAAGGGAUCCACCCUAUUUUGUGGUUAUUUUCUGCAACCCAAAUUUAGAGUGGGAAUGUCUGGAAUUGGACUUCAUGCAGCGUUUUCUGUGGACGUUCCAGGCCAAGACCACUUUGCGCAUUUUCACAUUUUUUUUUUUAAACCUUUGAAACAUAUUGCUUUGUAUUUGUCUCAUAUACUGUAUGUUACUGUUUGUUAAUGUUAAUCGAUUUGCUGUGUUAUUGAAAAAAAGUGCCAACCAAUAGAUAUCCAGUCUUGUCAUUUCACUCCCCGGGUAUCGUCCAAUCACAGACAGUACUGCGCGGUGGAGUGUGGACUCAAACAGCAGUCAUCACCUGGGUGGAUCAGUGUGUGUAUUAAAGGGAUUUAAUUCACUGGUUAGCACGUUUGAUUUCACAUAAAAAAUAUACAUUUUCACAAUUAACACAAAUGUGUCUAAGCUACCACACAUGCCCACAAGUUACAAUGAAGAAAAUCUGCUUACAUGCAUUACCUUGAACAUUCCAACAAACCGCAGAGGGAAGUAGAUAUAGUUUGGAGGAGAACGUUCUUCAACAGUCAGUAAAACCAAAAAUAACUUACUUUUUAAAGGGUGUUUCCACACAAAGGCUAGCCUAGGCAGUUUACAUGCCUGUGUUUAUGUGUAUGAGAAUGAGUGUGUGAAGUAAGCCGCCUAUAUUUAGUUUUAUGUGCACACUCAACUUCCUACAUAUGUGUGUUUGAGCAUUUAGGUUUAAGUGUGUGCAUGUUUUGCCAUCUGUAAUUACUGAACGGUACCAACCAUGCUGUCAUAAAUCCUAGGUUUCAUAAACCCUCUUUGUGGUCUUUCAGCCGAGGAUAUAGCCCACUGGAAAUAUGCCCGAAAACUGCUGAGACAAGAAUGUUUGUGUUUGUGUUGUUCACCCACUCUCCCUCCCACUGAACUGCAACAGUAGUUGAUGAAUGUCUGGCCUUGCUCUUGUUUGUAUUCAGUAGCCAUCAGCAUACAUGUUGCCAUGAUGUUGUGCUGUAAUAUCUGACAGGAAUCCUGAGAGGUGAUGUCAGCUGCUCCAUGCAAUAUUUAUAACUAUGCAAACACAAUACUGUAGUGUGUGUGCUCCAGCUCUGAUACCCAGCAAGUCUCAGGAAUCUAGAAACUACCGGGUGGACUCCAGCGGUCUUUAUCAAACCACUGAUUGAGAUCAGUGCUUAACUGUGCCCCGCAAAUUUGAUUUCAGAAAGUUCAGCAUUUCAGAAAUCUAAAAAAUACCCCAGCAACAACAGCAGCGUUUACAUAUCUUCUAUUCAAAUUUGAAUAUCUUUGGACAUGGAAGAACUGGCACUUAAUCAACAUAAAUCUAAAUGAGGUUAUUCAAGUACAGUAGGUGUAGAGAUCCUUAUUUAAGUGCUGGAGCUGGGUUUGAGUCAAGUAACACUGAGAAAAGACAAGCUGCUGUGCCUGCUCUCAAGCACACAGUAUGUAGAUGCAGAUAAACUGGAGGCACGGCUGCUGUCUUUUAUUCUGCUCAUCUCUGCAGGUGGACCGUGCCGGGCGGUUGUGUACCAGAUAUUGAAAGUUUUAAACAUAAUGAAAGAGAAAGAUUGAAAUGACACGAGAAUAUCAUCACUGGAAUUGUUGUGUUCUAAUCCGAUUCAUUCCUUUUGUUUAUUAAUUUUUAAAUAAUUCUUUUUCUAUGUGAUUUUUUACAGUUGAUUAUUUUAAUGUACUUGAAUGGAAACACCAUUUUUUUUUUUUUUGGCUCUGUAUACAGAAUAAUGCACAUAGUCAUUCUGUUUGCUACCCAGGACUAUUAAAAAUGUCUUAAGUAAUUAAA